AUGCCCGACGCCGUCGCCGGAGGGCGCUCUCAGGACUCGAUCGCGAGCCAACGCGCGUCCGUGGGCGGUCUUCCCGGGAACAGACCGGCGCAGAAGCGCGCGUCGCAGUUUUCUGGCUACGACGAGAAAUCGCAGUUAUCCGUCGCCGGCGCGCGACACACCGCGCCCGCGACGCUCGGAAGCGCGCGAGGACGAAGACAGAGUCAUCCUUGGUUGGACUACCCACCGGAUUUCGAGCGCAAGUUUAGCCGCGUGGUCGGGGCGGUCUUGCGCGCGCCGGCGAUCUUGCUGAGCCCGCUCCCGCCGGCGGUGCGGUUCUCGCUCGCGAGGAACUUCGGAUUCGUCACGAAGACGUUUACGCAAUUUUUCGAUAAGGACGGGGUGAGCGGCGUGCAGGAGAGCAUCGGUUUGGGGAAGUGA